AGGAGAGCGGAGCGGAGCGGAGCGGGCGGCGGAGAGGCUCCGAGCGCGGCGCCGCCACUUCCUCCUCCUCCUUCCUCCUCCUCCCCCUCCUCCGGCUCGCCCGCCCGCCUGCCCGCUCGGCCCCCGCCCCGGCCUGCGCGGCCCCCUCGGCCUGCCCCCUUCCCGCCCGGCGCGGCGCGGCGGCCCUCAUGGCCCCUCAGAAGCACGGCGGCGGAGGCGGAGGCGGCGCGGGGCCCAGCUCGGCGGCUCCUAGCGGCGGGGGAGGCGCCGUGGCCGCGGCUGCCACGGCGGGCGGAGGCGGCGGUUGCGGCGCGGGCGCGGGCUUCGGCGGCUCCACCUCGGCCGCCACCCCGGGCGGCAAAUCCGGCGGCGCCGUGGGAGGCGGCGGCGGCGGCGGCUCCUCGGGUGGCGGCGGCGGCGGCGGCGGCGGCUCCUCGGCCUGCUCCGCGGCUGCCGCCUCGGCCGCGGCCCUCCCGCCGGUGAAGAAGCCGAAGAUGGAGCAGAUCCAGGCCGACCACGAGCUCUUCCUCCAGGCCUUCGAGAAACCAACACAGAUAUAUAGAUUUCUACGUACGCGCAACCUUAUAGCUCCAAUAUUCUUGCACAGAACUCUCACUUACAUGUCCCAUAGAAACUCCCGAACAAAUAUCAAAAGGAAAACAUUCAAAGUAGAUGAGAUGUUGACAAAGGUAGAGAAAAUGAAGGGAGAACAUGAUUUGCAAAGUUUGUCUGCUCAUCUGCAACUCACCUUUACUGGUUUCUUCCAUAAAAAUGAUAAGCCAUUGCAAAACUCAGAAAAUGAACAAAAUUCUGUAACCCUGGAAGUACUACUUGUAAAAGUUUGCCACAAGAAACGAAAGGAUGUUAGUUGUCCAAUAAGGCAAGUUCCUACUGGUAAAAAGCAGGUACCUUUGAAUCCAGACCUCAACCAAAUGAAACCGGGCAGCUUUCCAUCACUUGCAGUUUCCAGCAAUGAGUUUGAACCCAGUAACAGCCAUAUGGUGAAGUCUUACUCAUUAUUAUUCAGAGUAACUCGUCCAGGAAGGAGAGAAUUUAAUGGAAUGAUUAAUGGGGAAACUAAUGAAAACAUUGAUGUUAACGAGGAGCUUCCAGCGAGAAGAAAACGCAAUUCUUCCAAUCGUGAAGAUGGGGAAAAGACUUUUGUAGCACAAAUGACCGUAUUUGAUAAAAACAGACGACUUCAGUUACUUGAUGGGGAGUAUGAAGUUGCCAUGCAAGAAAUGGAAGAGUGCCCUGUUAGCAAGAAAAGAGCAACAUGGGAAACAAUACUUGAUGGGAAGAGGCUGCCUCCGUUUGAAACAUUUUCUCAGGGACCAACACUCCAGUUUACCCUUCGAUGGACGGGGGAUGCAAGCGAUAAACCUACAGCUCCUAUUGCCAAGCCCCUGGCAACGCGGAAUUCAGAGAGUCUCCCUCAAGAAAAUAAGCCCAGUUCUGUGAAAACUGCUCAUACUAUAGCUGUGAAGGAGUCCUUGCCAUCAGAUCUGCAAACAAGGAGAGAGAGAGAUGUUUCAAAUGAGCCGCGGCAGAAACUGAGAAUAUUUUAUCAGUUUCUUUACAACAACAACACAAGGCAGCAGACUGAGGCGAGAGAUGACCUGCACUGCCCAUGGUGUACGUUGAACUGCCGCAAGCUGUACAGCUUACUCAAACAUCUCAAGCUUUGUCAUAGCAGGUUCAUUUUCAAUUAUGUAUAUCAUCCAAAAGGUGCUCGGAUAGAUGUUUCUAUCAACGAGUGUUAUGAUGGCUCCUAUGCAGGGAAUCCUCAGGAUAUUCAUCGCCAGCCUGGGUUUGCCUUCAGCCGUAAUGGGCCGGUCAAGCGGACUCCCAUUACGCAUAUCCUUGUGUGCAGACCAAAGCGUACAAAAGCCAGCAUGUCAGAAUUUCUUGAAUCAGAAGAUGGAGAAGUAGAGCAACAAAGGACAUACAGCAGUGGACACAAUCGGUUAUACUUCCACAGUGAUACAUGUUUACCUCUCCGUCCACAAGAAAUGGAAGUUGAUAGUGAAGAUGAAAAGGACCCUGAGUGGCUAAGGGAAAAAACGAUCACGCAAAUUGAAGAAUUUUCUGAUGUUAAUGAAGGAGAAAAAGAAGUCAUGAAAUUAUGGAAUCUUCAUGUUAUGAAGCACGGGUUUAUUGCUGACAAUCAAAUGAAUCAUGCCUGUAUGCUGUUUGUUGAAAAUUAUGGACACACAAUAAUUAAGAAGAACUUAUGUCGAAACUUCAUGCUUCAUCUGGUCAGCAUGCAUGACUUUAAUCUUAUCAGCAUAAUGUCAAUAGACAAAGCUGUUACUAAGCUUCGAGACAUGCAACAGAAGUUAGAAAAAGGAGAAUCUGCUGUUACUACAACAAUUGAGGAGCUUUGUGAAGAACAAACUGGGACAACUAACGGCUGCAGUGAAACUAGCAUUAGGGAGAAAGCUUCAGAAAUGGAUAGUACCUUGGGCAUGACCAAACCGAAUAGGAAACAGAAAAUCUGAAAGGAGGAUUGAAGGCCAUUCAAUGGACAUGUAUUGAAAUGAUGACAUUGUGAGAAGCAUGAACUCUGAGGAAUUGAGUAAGAGACACAGGUUCCUGGUGGGCACUGCUGGAAACAAAGGGUUUCAACAAGGGAUAGUGUGAAUAUGGUUCCUAUUGAGUUAAUUAUGCAAGUACUACAUGUAUAUCAGUUCUAGUGAUGUAAUGACAAUACUCAAAGUUUGAGCAUGAAGAGCAAUACAAUUUUUGGGAAUUUUAAUUAUGAACUGUACUGAAUUUACAUAACUUGAGUAUAUGUAAAACAGUUUUUAUAUAAAGAUUUUUUGCAUCUGUACUUGGCUGUCUUUCCUACCAUGGAGUUUAAAAAAUUGGGGAAGGAGAUUGGGACAGUUUAUGCUUUUAUACUUAAAUUCUUCAGGUUAUCUUUUUAUGGGAAAUAAUUUACCAUUCAAAGUUUAACUUGGAUCUCUUUUUUUGUUUUUAUUAAUGAGUGUCAACCUACAGCUUGCAAAUUUAAAAAACACAUUUCAAAACAUUCAGAUGUAACAUAGCACUUCUUGUUUCACGCCUGUUUGGAAAAAACCUUUGCUUUUUCUCAUUGCAGACACAGAGAAUAUCAUUUGAAUUGCCAGUAGAUUGAAAGAGUUUGUGGGUAUCUCUGAUCACUGAGUGUACUAGAUCAAAUCUUUAAUCUACUUCAGCAGAACUGCCUGGUAGGGUCUAGGCCUCUUUCAUGGCAUGGCAUCAUGUUAACACACCUAGAGGCUAUAGUAGGCAGUGUUUGGAUCUGUGCUUUUUUGCCUGUGUACAGUAUGGAGUUGAUUUGAAAUGGUUGGAUGCUACUUUUGAGGGGGAAAUGCACUGUAAAAUUGGACCAGAAAAUGUGUUGCACUUCUUAUGCAAGUAUUCUGUGAUGUAUUGCAUUCAAUACAGAUGCUAACUAAAUGGUUUUCCUGCAGUUUUGCGCUGCUGUGAACACAUUUUAUGCAUAUGUUUACAGAUCUUUCUUUUUUCCAAUGGAAAGUAGUUUCACAACUGGUAUAGUAUCAGCACCAAGGGUUUAUUCCAGCAAGCACUGUGGUUGAGUGACAUCACCUCAUUUUUUAUUAAGUAGUUCAUUUUUCAUAUUCUUUAUUUAUAAAGGAUAAAUUGUGUAAAUACCGGUAUUUCUAUUUUUUUUAUUUCAUUCCAUCACCAUGAGAAGGCAGUUCCCUAUUUUUUUUGGUUUUGGUUUUUUGUUUCAGUUUGGGGGCUGAGGGGAGGGGAAGAAGCUUUCUAGUGUGGGUUUUUUCCAGAAAUUUAUAAAAUUGUAAAUACUGACUUUGGUCCCUAAAGAUGUGUUUAACUGUGAGACUAUUUAACUAAUGGUGUGGAUGUGAUUUGUCAUCCAGUAUUAAGUUCUUAGUCACUGAUGUGUCAAUAGGAAAGAGGGAAACUGCAGCUUUCAUUAGACUUCUUGAUUUGCCUGCUCCGAGUGGUAGCAAACCCUAAUUACACCUUUGAAUAGCCGAUCAAGCAUUUCUCUUGGGCUUUAAUUUGCUAAAGCUGUGCACAUAUGUAAAAAAUAUAUUUUAGGAGAGACGGUAGUUCUAGAACUAUUGCUUACGUCACUUCUUAAGCAGUCACGCUGUUAAUGCUUAAAAGGAGGCUAGCGUUGUUUGCACAAAAAGUUGGUGACCCCCAAAAACUAGUAAUGAAAUUACUUCUGUCCAGUUAACUUUGUAAUGUCAUGUCAAUUUAUAAUAAAAGCUGAGAAUCCCUUUGUUUCUAUUUAUAAUAAAGAUGGAUUUUCUAUAUGUAUCCUUAAUAAGACUUUGAAGAAAUCAUGUAAACUGGGUGAACAUUUGAAUUGAACAGUAGAUAUAAAGAAACAAUUGUUUAAUGGACCUUUUUGUUUUUACAUUAAAUGUUUUAUUUGAAAUUGAAUUUUGUACAUAAAGUUCAAUAAUAUAAAAUCUG